GUCUUCCCGGCCUACGAGCACUUCAAGCGCACCUUCAAGAACACAGACGUUGAGUGCUCGACGGCUGGAUUCAAGUUCACGCCCAUGGUUCUGGAGUCCCAUGGUGGUGGCUGGAGCCCCUUGGCCCGCAGCGUCCUCGACAGGUUCGCGAAG